AUGAGACAGCGUCGAGGACGGUUGGAAGGGGUGAAACUCGAAGAACAGCGACGGACUAGAUUUCGCGGUGCUGCGCGUAUCUCCCUUGACCUGUUACAGUUCCCUAUGGAUGAGUCUUCGAAGAUUGACUUAAGCAACGUGGAACGCCUCAAAGAAGCGUAUCGACAUGAAGGCUGUCUACCGGAACCGAUCAGAAACCAUAUCCUUGCUCUCAUUGAUCAAUCUGAUCUCGACGCCGCAUUAGAUUUAUCUGGGGUUUCUGCAGCUGCUCUAAUGAUGCCUAGGUCAGUUGACUAUCCGGAGUUACGAUUACGCACAGGAACUCGGCUCAGAUGCCUCCAUGGCAAACACCGAAUCCAAGCCGGUCGUGAAUUUCUCUCCCGUCGAGAUAAGUGGUGGGUCGUUGACCUCUACCUGUCGGACCUAUCUUCGGACGUCCAACGAAGUCUCAUUGAGGAGUAUUCAAACGAGAAGAUUCCGUCAGACGGCGAAAUAUACCGCAAUAUCCGUCAAUACCAUUUUCAACGCAAUUUCACUUUUGAAUCACGAUGGUGGGCUCGCCUCCGAGGCUGCCGUACGAGGAAUCUGAAAAGCCUACUGAAACACGCCGAACUCACUGCCGCUUUUGACGCAAUGCUUGACGUGCCAGGUUUGUGGAAGGGUAUGCAAUUAACAACCAUCCACAAAGUGUUGACACUGAAGUCUGAUGACGAAGUUCUGCACUACCUCGAGCACGUCCGGAGAUUUUGGUGUGAUCUAGUGGAUAAUGAUGUUAGCGUAAUGAAGCAAAUCGACGAUGGGACCGUUCAGGCAUUGGAGCUCAAAGCUCCUGGUGUCUCCACAGGCGAUGCAGACGAGAUUCGACACCAAAUUGAUGCCGGGAAGAUCUUCAGUGCCUGCAGUGAAGAGGUUCGAAGGGAGGUCCUCCGCCGGCUCUCUCAAUAUAAUUCCCUCAUCCCAUCUCUCUACACCUUCUUUAGGAAUUUUCCUUACUGGGAGGCAUGCGUGGAGAGUGUGAGACAUUUGACGACCCUAUCACGCCGAGACACCCUCCUGACGGCCUUUGAAGGACAUUUCACCGGUGUCAACCAGCGUGAUGGCCAGAUUGUGAUACAGGUCAACGAGUCGAAUUUUGCAGCCACUCCCGGAUCGUCAGAUGAUCAAGUCGAGCUCGGUUAUCGCCAGAUUUUGGCUUUUGCCAUGAGAAACUUUGUAAAUAUUCCGCGGGAGCCAGUCGACGAUGUUGUCACAGUAAGGCCACGGGUGAAGGCAGAUAAGGCAAUUCUUGGUCAGUUCGCUGAAUUGGCCAUUCGACUUGGAUUCGAAUCUCCUGAAAUUCACCGGUUACAUGGAUAUCUGAAUAAUAUGGGACAACAGGUCCUAUCCGCACCAACUAGGCCACCUUUGGUCACAUCAGGGCCUGGGGAGACGUUGAAGCGGCGGUGUGGACUGCCGGUCUGGGAGACUUUUCAGGAAGAUCGUGAUUUCUUGUUCCUCCACUUCCUCCAUGAUGACCAUAUUGAGCAAGGCGAAGGCAUCACGUCGUUUUUUGUGCUUAGAGCAACGUAUUUCGCCUUUCUAGGUCAACCAGAAAAGAAGACAGCUUUACGGCCCGGGGCGUUGGUUGCAUUGAGCUCAACUCAAUACGGCAAUUCCCGCAUGCAGGAUGCCAGUGAAGAUGCCAGUGAAGGAGAAUCAGAGCAAUUAGAGCAGGAACGGCAGGAGAGGCAGGAGCAAGAACGGCUGCAGUUAUUGCGGGAAGAGCGACAGGCACAACAGCGAAAGGAGCGGGAAGAGAGACAAGCCAGGGAAGACCAAGAACGACGAGAACAAGAACGACGAGAACAAGAACGACGAGAACAAGAACGACGAGAACAAGAACGACGAGAACAAGAUCGACAAGGAAAGGGACAGCAAGAACGUGAGCAAGAACAACGGGAGAGAUUGCCACGACAAGGACGUGAUAUGGUCUAUAUUCAUUUCAAAAUCCGGGAGAACUUGAUAUGGAGGAAUGUGCAGUCCCUGUGGGUGGAUCGUAGCGAUCCAACAGAGCUGAUACGGAUAGCGAAGAAGAAUAUGCGCAAAGGGCUACGACUACUUGAUACGAAUAUGCAACUGUUAGCGCCAGAAGAUUGCUUUGAGGCUGUGACGAUGGACGGGACAAAUACGAUCAUCCUACUUCCACAAAGAGAUCUAGAAGUUGAUGAUCAACUACUUGACUCCGCAAAUGUACUUGCAUAUACUACCAUAGUAGAAAGUGAGCAGUCCAAGAGGAACAAAAAGGGUUAA